AACUUCGCUCUCUUCUCUUCCUUUCUUCGCACCAAACAUUUUCCCUCGCAGUUGCCGCUUCGGUAAGCGGGAAAUUGAGGAGCGAUUGGAUUCCAUGGAGGAGAGCCGAGCAAACACGGAGAAGAUGAACCGGCCGAAGAGAGAGAGGCAGCUCCUCGCCCUCACCGGCGCGGCCGCCCUCCUCGCCGUCGCCGCCAACCUCGCCAUCUCCGCCGUCAAGUCUCACCUGAAAAACCGCCAGAGGAAAGAUCUCCCUGGCUGUAAUGUCCGCGUCAAUCUCUCGGCUCGCGAGAUUCUCAGGUUAGCUGACCGAGUAAUUGCAAAGUCAAAGGAGGUUCACGAUGCUGUUGCCUCAGUUCCACUCGACAAGGUUAACUACACGAAUGUUGUAUCUGCGCUAGCGGAAUUAGAGGCAGAGCAGUUCCCUCUUGUUCAGUCGUGCGUGUUCCCGAAGUUGGUCUCUACGUCCGACGAAGUGCGCAGAGCGAGUGCAGAAGCAGAGAGGAGAAUCGAUGCUCACAUUGCAACUUGCAGUCAAAGGGAAGAUGUAUACCGUGUUGUCAAAGCUUUUGCAUCAAGAGGUGAAUUGAUGAAUGCUGAAGCCAAAUGUUAUAUUCAAUGUCUGGUCAAAGACUAUGAGCGAAAUGGAUUGAACCUGACUUCAACCAAAAGAAAGGAAGUACAGAGGUUGAAAGCAGAAAUUGAUGACUUGGGUUUGCAGUAUGUUCAAAAUCUAAAAGAUGAUCGCAGUCAUCUUCUCUUACCCGAGAAUGUGCUGCUUGGCUUGCCAUCUGAGUUCCUUAAGAGUUUAGACAUUGAUGAGACGGGUAGAUACAAGGUCACUCUCAAGAGUCAUCAUGUUGCCGCAGUGCUGGAGCUCUGCAAGGUAGGAGAAACCAGGAGGACGGUAGCGGUGGCCUAUGGAAAGAGGUGUGGACAAGUCAAUCUUACAGUACUGGAAAAAUUGGUUCAAUGUCGUCAUAAGCUGGCCAGGUUACUUGGAUAUUCAAAUUAUGCAGACUAUGUUCUUGACAACAGAAUGGCAAAAACACCAUUCAAGAUAUUUGAGUUCUUAGAGGACAUCUCUGCAAGUUUAACAGACCUUGCUGCUAGAGAGCUUUCAGUACUGAAGGCAUUGAAGAAGAGAGAGGAAGGAGACUUCCCAUUUGGCAUUGAGGAUCUGUUAUACUACAUAAAGAGGUUUCAAGAGCAGCAGUUUGAUCUAGAUUUUGGGGCCAUUAAGCAAUAUUUUCCAGUUAAUCUAGUUCUUUCUGGGGUCUUUAAGAUAUUUCAAGACCUCCUUGGACUGAGAUUUGAAGAAGUUGGAGAUCCCAAAGUCUGGCAUCGUGAUGUUCGAUUAUUUAAAGUAUUUGACUUGAGUUCUGGUGAAUCCCUAGGGUAUUUCUACCUUGAUUUGUACAAAAGGGAAGGGAAGUACAGUCAGACCUGUGUAGUGGCUCUUCAAAAUAGAUCAUUAUGUAACAAAAAUAUUUGCCAGAUGCCAGUUGUUAUGCUGAUAGCUCAAUUUCAAAAUGAUACUGAUUCUCAUCCUGGCCUACUACGAUUCUCUGAAGUGGUCAACUUUUUUCACGAGUUUGGUCAUGUGAUCCAACACAUUUGCAAUCGUGCUUCAUUUGUCAGAUUCUCUGGGUUACGUGUUGAUCCAGAUUUUGUGGAGAUCCCCGCUCAGGUGUUUGAGAAUUGGUGUUAUGAGAGCCUUUCAUUGAAGUUGAUCUCUGGUUUCCAUCAGGACAUGACGAUCCCCAUUAAGGAGGAACUAUGUAAAUCGCUACGAAGAUGGCGAUAUGGCUUCUCUGCGUUGAAACUCAAGCAAGAAAUUCUGUACAGUCUUUUUGAUCAAAUUAUACAUUCUGCUGAUAAUGUGGAUGUUGUUGAGUUAUUUAAGCAUUUGCACCCAAAGGUCAUGUUGGGAUUACCGAUGCUGGAAGGAACCAACCCAGCCACCUGUUUUCCACGUAGUGCCAUCGGUUAUGAAGCUUCUUGUUACAGUCGAAUCUGGAGUGAGGUAUUUGCCACUGAUAUAUUCACCUCGAAGUUCCGGGAUGACCUUCUCGACCCGGACGUGGGCAUGAAGUUCAGGAACAAGGUAUAAUUUAGACUUCCUCUGGAGCUUGUUCGGAUAAGGUGUUGGCCCCGGGAGGGGCAAAGGAUCCUGUUAAAAUUCUGACGGACUUUCUUGGACGUGAACCUUCUGUUCAAGCUUUUAUUGACAGCAGAAUGGACCAUAGCUUGUUGUGACCAUGUAAGCUUUUGAAUAUACCUGGAUUAUGUAAUUGUUUGCACUGCCUAAAUAUUUAUUUUGAAUCGAACAUCUGGACGCAUUCGAGCAUUUUCCCGUCUGUGGUGGUAAAAAGUUUUUCUUGUUCUUGUUACAA